AUGUCUUCGUCCGGGAGUCGACGGCGAGGCCCUGCCCUCCAGCGAUCUAUCUUCACAGGCAUGGCGCUCUGUGCGGUCGUGUCGGCAGACUGCGCGCCUCGACCAAUCGCCAUCAGCCUGGGGAAUGUGACGAUUUCUAACCAGAAGGUAAUUCGAGGCUUAGAUAUUUCCAUCGGGAGUCCACAGCAAUCUCUUGCCUUUCUUCCCCAAUGGUCCCUGAACCAUACAUUUGUUUACGGAACAAAUGGCUUUUGUAACGGAUAUUCGAGCGUGGCCUGUGAAACGUACCGCGGCGGGCGGUAUGACCAGUUUGCAUCCCAAACGGCUGGGCGGGUAAGCCCGGGGUUGACGCCGAAUGAUGCACCUCCAUACCCAGAACUGAGCUGGGUCUCUGAGAAUGUUACGCUGGGGAAGACAGUGGCUCUUGAAAAAUUUCCCGUCGGUGUUGCGCUGAGUGGCUGGGGAAACCAAGGGUACCAUCACCAAGCUGCUAUGGGGUUAGGCGCCAAUUCAACAAUGUUAAGAAGCCUCAAGUCGGCCGGUAGAAUCGCCUCGCGGUCAUGGGGGAUGUUUUGGGGCAGAACAGGGGCGACGAAAGGCAGUCAACUUGACGGGGGUGUUGUGUUGGGAGGUUAUGACCGAGCAAAAGUGUCUGGGCAGAAUUACACGUACAACCUUGACAACUCGAAUGCAGAGUGCCCAACUUCGAUGUUGGUGACCGUAUCCGCCAUGACUUUAAAUUUUGCGAAUGGCUCGGCAGUUAGCAUGUUCGAUGGGACUGAAUCUCUCCCAUUUUCUGCCUGCAUAGUUCCGGAUGCGCCGGUGUUAAUGACAAUGCCAUAUGAGCCAACGUUCAGGAGAUUCCAAAACCUGACGCGCGCACCAUACCUCGGGCGAUCGCACGGGAUUUACUACUACGGUAUGAUCUAUGAUAACCCCGAAUCCCAAAUAUACACGGGCGAUAUCACGAUCACAUUGAAUUCUGAAGUCGCCAUCCGCAUCCCCAGCGAUCAGCUCGUCGUUCCAGACCUGACGAUUGACAACAUGACCGGUGCCCUGAUGGCGAAUGCUUCGCGUAUGGAAGUGCUACUCGAUCCGCUGAUAGAGAAUGGGAAAAAAGGAACGCUGCCCCGAAUCGGGCGGCAAUUCCUGUCCAGCGCAUACGUGAUGGUCAACCAAGAUGCUGGGCAGUUCACACUCUGGUCAGCGAGCCCCACAGCGCGACAAGACCUAGUGGCCAUCGACAGCAGCAACCAUGUCAACAGCGAUUUCUGCCGCGAGCCCAGCGCGCCUGAUUCGACGGCGAAGACGGGCGCCGGCUCAGGAUCCCGCCGCAAAAUCUCGAGCGGCGUGAUUGUUGGCAUUACCAUUGGGGUGACGGUCGCGGUGUCUUGCCUCGGCUGGCUGAUCUUCUUUUGCUUCAUGCAACGGAGAAAUCAAGCCCGGACCAAGGCUGACACGCCUCGGGUUGAACUGGAGGAGAACGCCCGCGGGUACGCGCCGCGACCGUCGAUCUCGCAGGCUCCGCGCGAGCUUGAUGGUCGUCGCAGCGUCCCCGGGGCUGUGCAGCCGGUGGAGCUGCCGGCGAGGACGGCGCGCGACUGA